AUGCCAUAAACUUAACAAAUUUUGUAGAUGGUUUUAGUAUUUUUAAGAGAUUAAAAAUUAUAUAAAAGCCUUUUGCAUUUAGAAUUAGAAACAUAAGUAAUUUAAGAAUAAUAAGCAUUCAAUAGAUUUCAAUAGACACAUACACAAGAGAAUUAUUAUUUUUAAGAUAACAAAUUUUGGAUGGUAAUUUUAUUGGGGCAGAAUAAUAUUUAUAACCAUUGAAAACAAGAUUGAAUGAUUAAUUUUCCUAUGUUUUGUUGGAAUUGAAGAAACAAUAAUAUUUUGAAUUGAUAAAUGCAAAACCAGAUGUAGAAAUACUAAUAACAUUAUUGCGAUAAAUUGAAUAAUUGGCAUCAUCUGAAGUAUAUAAAAAUCUUUGUUAUUUUUUGACAUUAUCUUGUAUACGUGAUCAUCCAGAUUUUAAUGAUUGGAGUGUAGAAAAGGUAAAAUCUAUGUGUUUUUAAAAUUAUAGGGAAGAUUGGAUUGUUUUGAAGGGAUAGCAUAAGUAUUAAAGAAUUUAGGUAAGACUUUCAGAAUAGAAAAAUAUAAUGGAAGCACACUUCAAUAAUUAUAUGAGAAAGUAGAAGAAGAUGAAGAUAAUAAUAAGCAUUCGAAAUGUAAAGAUAUAAUUAAAGAAUAUAUUAGUUUAUUCUAAGAAGAAAUCUUAAUUCUAAGUAUAAUAAUAGUCUAGUUCUUCAUAACUUCCAAUAGAUUAUGAUAAAAAUAUCAUAAUUGAGAAAUUACAUAUUUCAGAUAUUAAUGAAAAUGAUUAAUCAAUGAUUAAAAAGGAAAGCUUUUUAAAUGUUACUCCACCACAUAGUAAUAGUAGUAUAUAAUCAUAAUUGUUUAAUUAUAAAUUUGAUGAGAUGGAUUAAGUAGCAACAUUAUCAGAUACUCAUCCUAUAAGAGCAGCAGCAUUUUCAUCUGAUGGAGAAAUGUUUGCUAUUGGAACUAAUUCUAAAAGUCUAAGAAUCUUUUCAAUGAAAUCAGUUUUAUAAGAAAGUCAAGUAGUAAUGUAAAUGGAAAGAUAAAAUCAUCAUUAAGGAUCUAUUUAUUGUAUUGAUUGGAGUAGAUCAGGAAGAUUAAUUGGAACUGGAAGUAAUGAUAAAACUGUCAAAUUAUAUAAUAUAGAAGAUGAAACAGAUUAUGUUUUAAUUGGUCAUAGAGGUUUAGUAAGAUCUGUUUGUUUCAGUGAUGAAAAUCGAUUAAUGUCAGCUGGAUAAGAUGCUGUUAUUAAAAUUUGGGAUGUAGAAACAUAAAAAUGUAUAAGAAAUCUUGAAGGCCAUACAUAAACAAUAUAUUGGUAACCAAAUUACAUAUAAAGUGAAAUAGUUUAUAGACUGCAGGAGAUGGUUCAUAUUAGGUAUCUUGUGGUAUGGAUAGAACUUUAAGAAUAUGGGAUUAAAGAACCAGUAGAGCCUAAGGAGUUAUGACAAUGUAGACAGAAAUUAAUUAUGUUUCCCUCUCAGAAUCUACUACUAAUUAUAAUUUAUAAAAUUUAGUUAAAGGUUCUAAGAAAGCUCCUUAGUUUUCAUCUUAAGGAUUAGCAGUACUUGCACAUUCUGAUGGAGUUGUAUCAGUCUGGAAUAUUUAACAUUAAAAAUGCAUUAAGACUUUGAAACAUCAUACUAUGGAUUGUAGAUGUGUUGAAUUUGAUCCUACUGGUAGAUAUAUAUGUAGUGUAUCUUUUGAUUCAACUAUUGCACUUUAUGAUUGGGAAUAAUAGAAAUUGAUUACUUAAAUUACUGAUCAUGAAGAUAGAGUCGUUUUAUGUAAAUGGCAUCCAUUUUAUCCUUUUAUUCUCAGUACAUCUGCUGAUUGCACUGGUAGAAUAUUUGCUCCUCAUGGCUUUCUAGUAUAAUUAAUGAAAUCUUUAUGA